AUGCUUCUUCUCCUAAUUCUCACCCUGUUUCUGGGGACAAGUGGAACUAUUGUCCUUCUUUUCAUCUGGAGAGGCUGGACUGUGGAAAGACUGACAGCCAGGUGUUGGCGUUGGUGGUUCCUCCAUGUCUUGUCCAAACAGAACCAGCUCAGGAUCCUGGACUGUGACGCAAGCAACGCACACGGCGUCCAGGAGAAGUUAUUACUGAAAGCGCUGCGGGGGCUGCAGGACACGGAGUAUGGCAAGAAGCACCACUUUAAAGAUGUGGCAGACAUUUCCUCCUUCAAGAGACUUCACCCACUGACUCAUUACAGUCACUACAAAGAUUAUAUACAGCAAAUGGCUCAGGGGGAACAGAACAUUUUGGUAACAGGAGGACCCCUUGCACUUGUAGCUACAACUGGGACGUCUGGAUUAUCCUCUCUGGUGCCCGUUAAAGCCAGCAGUGCCACUGAGCGCUUCAUACAGGGGACAUCUGUAUGCUUACAAGUAAUUCAAAAGAGCUUUCCUGGAGCUUUAGAAAAAGUAACCAAGUUUACCUUCCCACCAAACCAAAUCAACUCCCAUGCUGGAAUUCCUAUAGGUUCCUACCCAUGUGCCACCUCUGCAAGCUUCCUAGAGUACCUUUAUUCACCCUCUCCCCCACACCAUCCUACCAUGUCCCACCAUGAAGUGUUAUACACACAGAUCCUUUAUGCCCUGAGGGACCGUGGUUUGAUGGUGCUUGAAGCCAACCUUGCAUGGCAUCUCAGAGAAGUGUUCUCAUUCAUGGAAACUUACUGGGGUUCGUUGGUCACAGAUAUUGAGAUGGGAUAUCUGAACCCUGACCUGAAGCUUCCUCAGGACACUAGAAGGGAGAUUGAAGACUAUUUGCUUCCAGAUGUUGGCCGAGCUGCAGAACUCCGUGCCCAGUUUGAAAAGGGCUUUGUCGGGAUUGCUAAGAGGAUCUGGCCACAGUUACAGGUGGUCGUAGCAGUGGGAUCGGGUGCAAAUGAGCUGGACUUACAGAUUUUGAAGGACACUGCAUGUCAAGGAAUCCUAAUUUAUUCUCCAAUGUAUUAUGCAGUAGAAGGACUAAUUGGAGUGAACCUGUGGCCAGAGAAUAUUGACCCACGUUAUGUUAUGUGCCCUCGCUCUGCUUUCUUUGAAUUUAUACCAUUGACCACCGUCAAAGAAGAAGAGCCAGAUACCGUCUGUAUGAAGGAUGUGAUCAUUGGGGAAGCUUAUGAACUCGUUAUCACCAACACAGAUGGACUCUGCAGAUACAGACUUGGAGAUGUGGUUCGUGUUACAGCUUUACACAACCAGAGCCCAGUUCUGGAAUUUCUACACAGGAAGAGUCAGACUUUGAGUGUUCGAGGAGAACGGAUUUCCGAGGAUGAAUUCUAUAGAGCUCUUUUGCACACAGUGAAUAUAUGGCCCGGAGCUACCCUUGUAAACUACUGCUGUAUAGAGAGUGGAAUUCUAGGUCCUUUUUUAGGGGGCUCUGACCCUCACUAUGAGGUGUUCAUAGCACUGAAGGGAGUCAGAGACUUAUCAGAAGAACAAAGAAACAAGUUGGACCAAGCUCUGCAGGACCGUUUCCCCAUCUACAAGUCAUUCCGAUUUAAAGGCAGCAUUGGACCAGUCCGUGUGCACUUGGUGAGCCACCAGUCUUUCUUCAAGCUUCAUGUUUUGGCUUCUUGUAUCUCUGGUGCCCCCCUGGACUGCAUACAGCCGCCUCGGACUUUGAGGCACAGGAGGUUGGCUGAGUGCAUACAGAAACAAGUUGUGUCCUAACAUCCAUUGACCAAAC